AUGAAUAUAGAUGGAAAUGGAAAAAAACAAUUAACAAACAAAAAAAUAAUGACUCAUGUCGAGAAACAUCAGAGUCGUCCAGGCAAGGAAGCAAUACAUUCUGGACACUUUAUGGUAUCGCAUUUUGAAGCUGAGGAUCAGGAUGAUUUUGAUGACCUAGCAGUCCCUGUACCUGAUGAGGAACAAAAUGUACCUAAAGAGUCAGCAGUUGCAACAUAUAUUUUGCCUGUUACGUCUGAGAUAUUUCAGCGUUCUGAUAAAGAAGAAAGUAAACAACAUCAACAUCUUUCUAUAGAAAUAUCUUUAACCAAAUUAUUUAAAUGUAUGACUUUGGCAUACAGACAAAAACUAACAUCUCCUAAAUGGAAUCGUUUCAAAGGUAUCAAACUCCGGUGGAAGGACAAAAUAAGAUUGAACAAUGUCAUAUGGAGAUGCUGGCACAUGCAGUUCAUAAAGAAACAAAAUACUUUGGUAUGCCAGUUCGCAUCCCCGCUGGAUGUUGACACACAUGUGAAACCAGAGACAACAAUACUUGAAGGAAAAUAUUGGAAACGAAGAGCCGAAGCAGUUAUAGCUGAAUAUAAAAAAUGGCGUAUGUUUCACAUUAUGAGACUCCUCGGCAAGGGGGACACCUCUGUCCAGGACUCGAUGUCAAAACUAUGCGGUUUUCAGAUGUCGGACAUGGACACAGUGGAGUCCCAGUGCAGCGACUUCGCCGCGAACAUGCUCACCGACGAGGACUAUCUCAACUUCAUGAGUGACACACUCUUUUCAACCAUCACAAAUCAUCAACCUUUCGCUUUCCCAGAUUGCAGGGAAAUCGCCAGAGGUGCAAGCUUAGCUGAUUUCAUUCAACCAAGCUUAGGUCCUCUGCAGCCAAAUCUUGAUGAUUUUAUGGAUACGUUGGAACCGCUCCAAGAUCUUCUAUCCUCUUCUCGUUUGCCGCCCGUACCCGAAGAGCCGGCGAUUUCUUCUGAAGAUACCUUGUACAGGAGUGGAAUGUCAGUAGAUACGUACAAUCCUCAGAACUAUAUUGCUGACAGUCAAAAUUCUACAACAGUCACAAUGCCUACCAGUCAGAUGACCAUUCAUGGUACUAGUAACAACACGCAAAUAAUGUCGAUGCCUGAUCAAAAUAAGAAUGCAGAGCAGCUUAGGAUGUACGACAAUGGACGAUUAUUUAAUUCAAAUGAGAUUCCCAAUAAUAUGCUGGCCACGCAGGACAUGAUGUCUUCCUUCACGCAGUCCGCCUACGAGCAGAGCGCUGAGCAGUUACAGGCCGGCGUGUACGCGGGCAAAGCGCCGCGCGUGCAAUACGUUAACACGCAAACCAAAAUCAUUCCUCAACCUGAAGUUUGCUACUCCAAAUAUAACACUACGCUCCCGCCAUCGCAGACUGCGCCGGAGACGGUGUCUCUCCUGCAGCAGCCGGUCCAUAAUUCGAAAUAUGCUUCAACAGUAGUGCUUCAAGGGAGGAGUGGGUACAGCCGGGAGAAGCCGCGCUCUCGACUGAGUCACUAUCCUAAUCAGAUGGCGAAUAACCACUACCAGGGUUACUCGCCCUUGCAGAGCCCUGUGCAAGUAUCGCCUCAAGGGUUCGACGCGCGCCCCGCUGUACGACAUUCGCCGCCGCAGAUUCAAUACUUACAGCCAAACACUGUCGACUAUAAAGCGAAUUCACCAAACACCUUAAACUCUCGCUCAUUCAAGUUGCCGUCUCCGCCUUUGGUUCCGGUUACUACGCAGCAGGUGCAGGUGUCGGUGGGCGUGGGCGUGGGCGUGGCGAGCGGCGUGUCGGCGGGGCCGGGCCUGCGCAACAAGGAGCAGUACCGCUCGCACAGCCUGCCGCUGGGCGCGCAGCUGGGCGCGGACUGGGCCGUGACCGCGCCCGCCCACCUCGCGCAGGCGCCCGCCACGCACUCGCCGAGGACACGCGAGGCGCACACGGGGGCGCUCCGCAUCAGGUCGCGGUCGACGUCCGGCGGGGCGGCGGGCGAGGGGCCGGCGGGCGCGGGGGGCGGCGGCGCGCGGCGCCCGCACCCGCCGCCCCUCACCAGCGUGGCGUCCGAGCCUACGCUGCCGCAGGCCAGCGUCAUGCUGGCGCAGCUACUCUCUGCGCAACAUUCUCAAAGCUUGUACAAAUUAAGCAAUAGUGUAGAAGAUGGAGCCGGAGUGAGUGACCCGACGAAGUCCCCCAUUCUCCGGGGACAGCCUUCACCCAUUGGCAGCGAUAUCAUAUCACCGCACCAUUCCCGUGCGCAGUCGCUGUCCCCGCCCGGGUCGCCGGGCUCGGAGCGCGGCGGCUCCCCGCGCGAGGCCCGCGAGGCGCGCCGCACGCACCUACACGCCGAGCAGAAGAGGCGCUACAACAUCAAGAACGGCUUCGACACGCUGCAGGCCCUCAUACCUCAUCUCAAUGCUAAUCCUGCGGCUAAGAUUAGUAAAGCUGCAAUGUUGCAAAAAGGCGCCGAAUACAUCAAGCAGUUGAAGGCAGAGAGGAACCAAAUAAGAGAAGAAAUGGAAAGCUUGCGACAGCAGAUUGAGUGCUUAAAUAAUUCCAUUUCCAACUGCCACUCGCUGCUGCCGGCGACGGGCGCGCCGGUGUCGCGCGGGCGCGCCGGCCGUCUGCGCGAGAUGUUCGACGCGCACGUCGCCGCGCGCACCGCCAGCAACUGGAAGUACUGGCUCUUCAGCGAGGUGAGCGCGGCGCUGGUGGAGUCGUUCAGCGCGUGCGCGUCGUGCAGCAGCGCCGCCGACCUCGUGCGCACCACGCUGCUGUGGGCUGAGCAGCACUGCUCGCUCGUCGAGAUGCGCCCCGCGGUACUGAACUCGCUGCGCGGGCUGUGCACCAAGACGGACAUACUGACGAGCCCCGAGCGCCUGCCCGAGGAGGCGCGCGCCGCCGCCGCCGCCGUCGCCGCUGUCGGCGUCAAGCGGGAGCCGACG